AUGAGCUCUUUCCUCAUGAACGGUGGAUAUCAACCACAGCCCGAUCCAAAAUUCCCUCCCUCUGAAGAAUACAGCCAAGCAGACUAUAUACCACCUGGAGAAUACUAUCAACAUCAGCAUCUUCAAUAUGGGUAUCAACAUCAGUAUCCGGUCCAAAUUGGUACAGGAUAUGGGUAUGGAGGCUACUACCAUCCGAUACCACAACAUCCACCUGUGGCACCACCUCCAAGACCACCCGAACCAUCUCAUCCGUCUGAUGCAGACCAUGGAUACAUACCAUCACAUAAUGAUGCUACACCGGGUUUGGCCGAACUUGGGCUACGGUUAGAGAGACAUAUAGAAGAAGCUGCCCCAGCUGGUAGAAAGCUUCAAGCUUUAGGCCGUGAGGGAUCUCCAGCAUCAGAAAUGGAUGAUGAGAGGUUGUUACUAGACAGUCCGCCCGUCGAAGAUGACGACUCUUCGAUAUGCUCUGAUAACACAGACAGAGUUAUUUAUCCGUGGAUGAAAAAAAUACACGUCGCUGGCGCGUCAAAUGGGAGCUUUCAACCUGGAAUGGAACCAAAACGACAGCGGACAGCGUACACUAGGCACCAAAUAUUAGAAUUGGAGAAAGAAUUCCAUUACAAUAGGUACCUUACUAGGAGAAGACGAAUAGAAAUAGCCCACACUCUAGUCCUGUCAGAGAGACAAAUAAAAAUCUGGUUCCAAAACAGACGAAUGAAAUGGAAAAAGGACAAUAAAUUACCGAAUACCAAAAACGUUAGAAGAAAAACGAAUCCGGCCGGCGUCACCACGACCACGACUAAAGGAGCCACACCAAAGAGUAGAUCAAAUAAGCAUACGAAUAAUAACGAUAAGAAGAAAUCAAACAACAACGGUCGACCAGAUAGUAUAGAGAAUGUAACUGACAAUAUAAUGAAUGAACUACAUUGUGUUGGUUCUCAGCAGAGUAUGUCUCACGAUCCGGCAAUCAGUCCCAUGUCGCAUCCAGGCAACCAGAUGAAUCCUGGACAUCCUAUGACGGCGCAUCAUUUACAUAUGAUGGGAAUGCAUGCAAGCAUGGACCCUUCGCUGGUCGCCAGCUUGUCUGCCCAUGGAUCACCAGCUGGCAAUGCAGGAUGUGGCACCGGCAUUACUGGUAACCCGCCCAUAAUUAAAUCAGACUAUGGUCUCACCGCCUUA